GGCUGCAACAAAAAGCACAGAAUAACAUCCCUGGCUCUGCUCGGCUUUUUUUCCUCUCUUCUUGCAUCUCAGCAAGCAGAUGAAGGCUCUGCUGAGGCAAUGUUGGGACUUAACCGGCGUCAAAAGCAGAAUCUUUGGAAUCCAUCAACAAGUUAGGGGUGAAGACUAAGAGCCAUGAAAGGGAUAAGGCUUGAUCUUGAAGUAACCAGCUGAUUUAACAUUGCAGUGGAAAGGAAAGAAAAGGGUCAAAAGAAAAAAGGGAGGAGGAGAACCUUAUCCAGAAUUGCAGGGACUGCAAAUAUUCAACUUAAAAAAAAAACCAUCAGCUAUACUUCAAGGACUUGUUGGAUAAAGAAGACAACGUGAACAUUUCCUGGAUUUUAUGGGACAGCAAAGAAAAACUGGAAUAAACAUCCUGGGACAUGGAAAUGUAUAUUCUCUCUCCUUUGCGUGGGCUGAGUAUUGCUUCAUUUCAAAAGCGACUGGUUCAUUUUGUGCUAUUCCAAGGAGGUUCUUACCAUUUAGAUUUUUCUUCCAUGUGGUUGCUCAAGAAGUCUGUGGCGAAGGACAGUUGAAUUCAGCUUCCGAUGUGCACAAAAGAAUGGGUUUUCAUUCAAGGUGGCCAUUGGUGGGACCUGCACCAGCGGCUCUUUGUCUGUAUAUGAUCAGCAUGCUCCUUGUGUGCCUGCUCCCUUCUGCAUCAUGCACAACCUGCCCUCAAAAAUGCCGCUGUGAGGACCUGCAGUUCUACUGCGACACCCAAGGACUUCAGGCACCCCCAGAUGGUGUGGACAAAGGGGCCCUAGGGCUUUCACUACGGCACAACAGCAUCACUGAACUCAGCCCUGAUCAAUUCUAUGGCUUCAGUCAGCUCACCUGGUUACACCUAGACCACAACCAGAUUACUACGGUUCAAGAAGAUGCCUUCCAAGGGCUCUACAAACUGAAAGACCUUAAUCUGAGCUCCAAUCGUAUCACCAAGUUGCCCAAUACAACCUUUAUCCACCUCAUUAAUCUGCAGAUUUUGGACCUGUCCUUCAAUCAGAUGACUGCACUGGAACCAGAACUGUUUCAUGGAUUAAGAAAGCUGCAAAUACUCCACCUACGUUCCAAUUUACUUCGUACCACUCCUGUUCGUGCAUUCUGGGACUGUCGCAGCCUGGAAUACCUUGGUCUUAGCAGCAACCGUCUACGGAGUCUAGCACGAAAUGGUUUUGCUGGCCUCAUCAAACUCAAAGAGCUCCAUUUGGAGCACAAUCAGCUAACAAAGAUCAACUUGGCCCAUUUCCCACGCCUCAUUGGGCUCCAAUUCCUGUAUCUGCAGUGGAAUAAGAUCAGCAACAUAACAUGCGGCAUGGAGUGGACCUGGACCACUUUAGAGAAGUUGGACCUUACAGGAAAUGAAAUCCGUGGCUUGACACCUGAUGUCUUUCAAACACUGCCAAAUCUCAAGAUUUUGCUGUUGGAUAACAACAAAUUAAGCAGUCUGGAUGCCCAAGUAAUGGAUAUGUGGCAGUCUCUAAGUACUAUUGGAUUGUCUAGCAACCUCUGGGAAUGUACCAAAAUGAUUUGCUCUCUAGCCACUUGGGUAAGCACCUUCAAGGGAAGGUGGGAACAUUCCAUUCUCUGCCAUAGCCCUGAAUAUGCCCAAGGUGAGGAAAUUCUUGAUGCUGUGUAUGGAUUCCACCUUUGCCAGAAUUUUUCAGCACCAGUUGUUCAGACCACUAGUACAACCACAGACGCUACCACCGCUACAGAGAUGACAAGCUCCUUUUUUGGAAUUAUGCAGCCAACCCCUACACAGGACUAUGGAGAGGACUUUGGGAGCUUUACCACACUCACAACCACAAUAACCACAACACAAACACCUAUCAUUUCUCAAGCAACCACUACUGCAUUGGAAGAGACUGCUGUAACAGAUGACUUCUCCAUCAUGGACAAUACUGUUAUGACUCAUAGGGUUAUCAUGGGGACUAUGGCUCUUCUGUUUACAUUUUUUUUCAUCAUUUUUGUUGUAUAUAUGUCACGGAAGUGUUGCCCCCCUACGCUGCGCCGGAUACGCCACUGUUCCGCUAUUCAGAGCCGCCGACAGAUGAGGGCCCAGCAGCGGCAGCCUAUGGCAGAUCUAGCUACACAGGUACCCUAUAAUGAGUAUGAGCCCAGUCACGAAGAAGGAGCACUUGUGAUCAUUAAUGGCUAUGGGCAGUGCAAGUGUCAGCAACUGCCUUACAAAGAGUGUGAAGUAUGAACUUUUAUUUAUUGCGAGGGCAUAUGGUUUUCCAUUUGACCAUUUGAUGAUACAGGGUUUGCUUUUUCAAUUCGUUUUCCAGUUCAUGUUAAAAAUAAAAAAAUUUUAAAAAAUGUUUUUUUAAAUAAUUAUACUUUCUGGGAUUUAAGAAAACAAGACAAAUGCUUAUUGGCCCCAUGACAUAUAUGACAGUAUUAGGGUGAUUAAGAGAUAGGCAUACAAUUAUUUUUCUAUGAAUGGAAGGUGUUCGUACAAGGCAGGGGCAACCAUUUUAAACAAGCAAAGUGUCAGCUGUAAGAUCUGUUUCCACCAUAUGUCAAUACUCCUCAGCACAUAGCAUAAACUUGCUCAAAUGACCUCAGCUAACUACAUUAAGUGGAAACAUUGCGUCCUUUUAAAAAUACUUGAAUUCACUUCUUACCCACACAAUAAACACUGUAAACAAGCCAACCAACACUCGAAACUAUAAAGUGGAUAUGUAAUUUUUCUGAAAUGAGAGACAUUUGCAUUCAGAGAUUACAAAUCACCGUUCCUGAGAGGAAUAUAUUCGACAAGUGUUUCAUGUUUGUUGUAACGCCGAUGUCAUCGAUGUAAAAAUAGCUUCAUUUUAUUUUAAUAUAACACAGAAAUUACAAAUACGUUGUCAAAAAUACCCAAUGGCAGAUAAGGUACAGUUCUUUUGUGAAAAUCAAACCUUUCCCAGUACCGAAGGCUCUUUACAGUUAACACACUAAUCAGGACUGAAAGCCCCAAGAUUAAACCAAUUAAGGCAAGGCAAAAGAAUCAGAUAUCCUGUCACCCACACCAGUGAUCCAGCAACAUUUGGUUGUUCAGACACGAAUAUAGUUUUUAUUAGACUCAAACUCUGUCACAAAAAAAGCAUAAGUGAUUUUUUUUUUUUUUUUUUAUAAAUAGUUUCUAUUUGCAUAUAAACAAUCUGCAAACUUCUAUACUAUGACAGUUACCGGGUGUGACAACCUAAACUGUGGUCAAUAGCCUGAAAACAAAUGUGAUCAAGUGAUAAGCAAACAGCAAGCCUGGGUCAGGACAUAUUUGUAUGCAGGAGGGAGAGGAUGUGCAUUAGCAUCAGACUAAAGCUGCUGCUGCAGCUCCGCACUUUGUGCUCAAUUUGGUGGUGGGGGGCAGGGUGAAAAGGAGCGCCACAGAGAAUAUGAUGCCGAGCAUGAAAUGAGCAACUAGGGGUAAAGUAUUUGUUUAUUUGAACUAAUGUGCAUCUUUAUGACCUUUUAAAAUACAUGGGCAAAUAAUGAGUGACAACAUAUUCGGUUUGCAAUGAAAACUACAAUUUUCACUAAAACUGGUCCGCUGUGCAAUGUUUAAACCUAUGAAAAAGUUACACUGGAGACAGCCAGGCAGUAUCAUUUGUGGCUCUGUGCCUGUCAAUUUUUUUUUUGAAAUAUUCAAAUGUUUGUGUCAGUGUGACAGCAUAUUGUCAUGAAAUGUCUACAUCAAAUUUUGAGUGGUUUUAUACAGCAAAUUGUUUAAUUUAAAUGAAAAGGGAAAAAAUGAUUUAAAAAAAAAAAGAAAAAAGAAAAAACAUUCAAGCAGGUCUGUGUUUCUACUUUUGAUUUCCUUCAGCUUCGCACUGCUAUUACAACAAACCUUUUAUCUGUCUUGCAUGUUUGAAAGUGAUUUUCAGGGGACACAAACAAUUUAUGGUACAGCAAAACCAAGGAAAUAACGCAUUCCAAUAAAGUUUGCUCAAUCUUUUGACAUUUCACUGUUAAAAACUAUGGUUGUACCAUGUGACAGAAAAGCCACAACAUUUGUAGACUUAAUGCGUCCCUCUGCACUUUGGCUCUUUGUAAAAUGUUUUUGUUUCCUAUUCCCAUCCUCUAGCUCCCUACCCUGCCACAAAAAAAUAAAAAAGGAAAAAAACAAGGAAAAAAAUCCCUUCCUCUCUCACCCAGCAGUUCAUGCAAAAUUAAUGCUUUGCAUAUUUUGUAUUGUAUAUGUACAAUUUCAUAUCUGUAUAGUGCAGAAGAUGUGCCAUCAUUAUAAAGAAUAUCCUCGAAAUAUACAGUAUAUUUUUAAAUAAAAUGGUUAAAAUAACAGUGUACCUGAUUAAUGCUUAAAAUGUACUUUAGUUCAUCACAUAAUGGCUUAACGUUUGCCUUUGUAGCCAUACAAAAAUUGCAGUAUAAUAAUUUCCAAUUGUCAUUUUUGCACAUAUCUAUUAUGUGCCAGCAGAUUGACUGGCUGAGUCGAGGUUGUACCCCGCCAAGGGCUGGCCGAUCUGACAAAAAAUGUUCCCCAUAGUGACCGAUCGAUUAUCAUCAAGUUUUUUUUUUUUUAAACUUUACAACAGCCAGUUUUAAGGCAUCAGUACUGAACACUAAAGCAGCUAGAGAGUAGUUAAACAUUUGACAUAUUUUGCCAACAACACUCUUCAUGGUAAAUAAAAUAGUAACCACAACAUUAUAUUGACAUACUAAGCACUAAAAACAAAUUAAACAAAAUAGAAAAAUAUAACAACAACUGCAACAAAUGAGGUAAAAUAUACCAGUACAGUGCACUAGCAUGAAGUAAUUUUGGAGAUAUACAAGAUGAAAUAAUGGGGGGGAUAAUUAAGGCGCCCUGGAUUCUAAACAUAAUUCUCCAGUGAUGCUACAUACCCUGUCUGUUAACAUUAUUGCUACUUUCAAAUGUGCAUCAUCUUUAUUAACAAUACAGAUUAACUUGCUUUGCCAUUUUACAAACCACCUGAAUAAUGAUGAUGACAGCUGAUUGCUGCUUCGGUCCGGUUGCCUCAUCGCUAGCAGCGGCUAUUAUAUAUAAUAUGCUAAUGCUACAUGUGCUGGCAGCAGUGAGUGGCGGGCUGCGAUGACUGCGCUUGCAUUUUUAUACUUUCCACUUAAUCACUUGAGUUUACUUCUUCAAAUUAAUGAACACAGUGUGGCCCGCCGACAUACAUUGCACAUCGGCUAGUUAAAAACAUUGCCCCACACUGCUGUAGAGACACCGCCAGACAACCAAAGUUGGGAACUCUGAGCCGAUCAGGCAGCUCUGUCGCCGGGUCAGAGGUAAGGAGAGGAAGGGCCAUGUAAGGACGGCUAAGUCCC